AUGUCGCCGGUGACCACGCUGGCGCUGGACAUGGACAACCUGGCGGGGCUGGGCAGCCACUGGGACACCCCCAAGCGGAAGGUCGCCGGGCUGUCCUUCCAGAGCCAGUGGUCCAGCCUGUCCCAAGAAUCGGUGGCCUCGGACUCCUCCCGGGACUCGGUCUCCUCCGAGUCCUCGGAUGCGGGAGUGGGGCUGGACUCCCCCACGCAGGAGGACCCCGCGGUGCUGGAGGAAGUCUUUGAGAAAGCGAUCCUGCAGUCUGGGAGAGUUCUCCAAGACAAUAAGUUCCUCAUCCGGAGGAUCCAUUCGCUGUCGCCAGAGCUCAUGGGGGGCAGCCCUGUCCUGAAGAACAUCUCCCACUCCCGGGACUUCAAUGGCCCCAGGGUCGGCGAGCAGAAGGGCCGGAGGGAGCCUGAGGACAAGGAGGGGUUUGUCUUCAAGAAGCCGCAGAGGCCAGGUCAGCGCAGCCGGCUGCCCGCUGGCAAUGGGGCUGCAGGGAGGGACCGCUUUGCCCAGAGACCCAUCUCUGCACCCGGCCUGCUGUUCAACACCCCUGAGAAGGAAAACGUCCCAGAGGGAGAUAGCCCCAUUAUACUGCGCCGGUGCUCCUUGACCUCCUCCAUGUCUGAGGAUGAAGAUGAUGGCUUCAUGGAGAUCCUGGAUGAGGAGGAGAUGAAGACUGACGCCGAUGUGCCGCAGGGGAUGGAGAACCUGCUGACCGCACCGCUGGUGAGGAAGGAGGAGGCAGAGCCGCGUCCUGCGAAGCGCAGCAAGUGCCGGCAGCUCUUCCGCUCGCCCUCGAUGCCCAGCAGCGUCAUCAGGCCCAUCCUGAAGCGGAUAGACCGGCCCCAGGACAGGGACACCCCUGUCAAGACCAAGCGGCGGAGGAGCGUGGCUGGCACCCCCAGUGAGGAGGCAGCAGCGGAGCCGAAAGCGUGGCUGCUGCGCUCCAGGUCCUACUCCCAUGAGGAGAUUGAGAACCUCCUGGCCAAUGACCACCAGGAGCUCAUUGGAGACUUCUCCAAGGCAUACCUCCUGCAGACGGUGGAAGGGAAGCACCAGGACCUGAAGUACAUUUCCCCUGAAAUGAUGGUGGCAGUGCUGACAGGACAGUUCAGCAGCCUCAUCGAGAGCUGUGUGAUCGUGGACUGCAGGUACCCCUACGAGUACGAGGGAGGCCACAUCAAGGGUGCUGUCAACCUGCCGAUGGAGCAGGAUGUGGAGGACUUCCUACUGAAGAAGCCCAUUGUGCCCUUUGAUGCCAGCAAGAGAGUGAUCGUCAUCUUCCACUGCGAGUUCUCCUCCGAGAGAGGGCCCAGGAUGUGCCGGUUUGUCAGGGAGAAGGACCGAGCUUGCAAUGAGUACCCCAACCUCCACUACCCUGAGCUCUACGUCUUGAAGGGGGGUUACCGGGAGUUCUUCCCCCAGUACCAGACACACUGUGAGCCCCAGGAUUAUCGCCCCAUGCACCAUGAGGACUUCAAGGAGGACCUGCGCAAGUUCCGCCUGAAGAGCCGCACCUGGGCGGGUGAGCGCAGCAAGCAGGAGCUCUACAGUCGCCUCAAGAACUUCUGAUGGCUCCGGGGGGGCUCCCCCACAACCCCCCACCCCCUUACCUCCCCGGGGCUAGCAUCAGGCAACAUUUCCCUGCCCAAAACCUGGCAGCCCCCAGCUCUCCUCUGCCAUGUGCCUUGCGCAGCAUUGCCCACCUCAGCAGCAGCAUGGGGGGCAUGGUUGUGCUUUUACCCCUUUGUACCCUAAAAAAGGGUAAAAGAGGGUUUAGGUUUUGUCCUAAAUUGUGGCUGGGGGCUGUGGUGGUGGGGAAAAUGCCUGGGACUGCUGAAUCCAGCUGAGGCCAUAAGUCACUGCCAGGUUCAACCUUCCUCUGGGGCUUCAGGCUGGGGGCAGAGCCGUGGUGGGUGCUGGUGCUGGCUGCUUCCCCCAGCUCUGCCCUCCCUGGCACUAGGGAUGGGGCUUAGGGGCUGUGGGAGAAGCCCCCCUUUUCCCCUUGCACCCUGGGCCAGGAGGGGGGCUGCGCCAGCUCCAGGGAAAUCACUGGACUGCAACCCUGAGCCCUGGAGCUGUGCAGACCCAGUCUGGGGCAGCAUUUUCCUGGGAGGGGUGGGAGCCCCAGCUUUUGGGGCUUAAUUGGCAGAACUGAUGCGGAAAAGCACUUAAACCUCUUGGUGCAGCUGGUGGGUGCUGCAGGGCCCCAGCCCUGGCUCUUCUCAACUUAUGGGGAAGGGGGGCUGCCUGGGGGUGGGCAGCCUGUGGGUGCAGUCACCGACUGCAUCAGCCUGGGUUUGGGGUUGUUUUGGGCAGGGGGACACCCAGCAUCGUAUUUAAAGUAGUUUGUUCUCCUCCUCUAAGGCAGCUGUGGUUAAUGUCGGGGGGGUGGGCAGGAGGGGCUUCACCCCAACCCCAGGGCUGGGCAGUGGUGGGGCUGUGGCACUUGCCUGUGAAGCGGCAGCUGCUGUUGAAGCACCAUGAGCUGGGGCAGGUGGGAAGUUGUUUCUGCAGCUGGGAGCUGCCCCUGUCAGGCUGUACUUGUGUGUCUUUGUUUUUAUAUGUUGGGGUUUUGGUUUUUUUUAACACUCCUGGUAAAUAACAAA